AUGGCUACUCGCACAUCACUUCGGCACGUGGGCUGCGUACCCAGACAUCUUUUCACCUUUCGCAGAUACAUCUCAACUCGAGAUAUGACAGCUACAGACUUGAAGAAGCUCAAAGUCGAUCAAUCACGAUUGAUGGAGGCUUUGCACGACACUUGUAAAUGGGGAACUGGCCUCAAAUGGGGAGACAAACCAACUGAUACAGGCAUGUCACGUCUGGCUCUUUCAGAUUCAGAUAAGCAGGCCCGAGAUUGGUUCGUAGAAACCACAGAGGACCUGGGUUGCAAAGUGACAACUGACUCCAUGGGAAACAUCUUCGCAGUGCGUCCCGGUCGCAAAGAAGGACCACCGACGUUAGCAGGAAGCCAUCUAGACACCCAACCUUCGGGUGGAAGAUAUGAUGGGAUUCUGGGCGUACAUGCUGGUAUCGAAAUGCUCAAGGUUCUCCAGGAGCACGAUGUAGAGACAGAGUAUCCAGUUGGUGUGGUGAAUUGGACCAACGAGGAGGGUGCUCGGUUUCCAAUCAGCAUGAUGGCGUCUGGAGUCUGGGCAGAAUCUAUUACCCAAGAAAGAGCGCACAGUCUGAAAGAGGUUGCUGGAAACGCAACAGUCAAGUCAGAGUUGGAAAGAAUAGGGUAUCUUGGUGAAACACCAGCCAGCUAUAAAUCCUCACCAAUUGGUGCUCAUUUCGAACUUCAUAUUGAACAAGGCCCAAUUCUUGAACGAGCGCAGAACAAGAUUGGAGUUGUACAAGGUGUACAGGCUUACAAGUGGUUCACUAUUGACAUUACUGGACGAGAUGCACACACUGGUUCAACUCCUUUCUCUGAUAGAGCAGAUGCUCUUCUCCUCGCUGCAAGACUCAUAACUCACUCACAUCGGUUGGCGACCAAGCACAAGGCACUUGCAUCGACGGGAAUUCUCAACCUUACUCCUGGAAGCACCAACACCAUCCCCGGCCACGUCAGCUUCAGUCUUGACAUACGAUCACCCUCGAACGAGAUAGUUGAAGAGCUUGAGAAGGACCUCCGUCGCGAUUUCGAUCUCUUGGCCAGCGGAACAGACGUGGAUGGGUUACUCGCAGGCUCAACACCAGCACUUCCUCUCUCCCUCACAUGGCGAACAGACACGAUCUCAACGGCAACCAAGUUUCACCCCGAUUGUAUUCAAGCCGUGAGGGAUUCUGCCGAGUCUGUUAUCGGGAAAGAUGCUGCGGUAGACAUUUCGAGCGGUGCUGGUCAUGACAGCGUGUACACGAACAAACACUGUCCAACAACUAUGAUCUUCAUCCCAUGUAAAGGAGGAGUAAGCCAUAAUCCGGAAGAGUACUCUACACCUGAGGAGUGCGCUAUUGGAGCAGAGGUUUUGUGCCAAGCGGUCGUGCGAUAUGAUCAGAAGAGAGUUCAAUAG